CGCGUCGGUUGGGGCACUCCUGCCGACCAAGGCCCUAUAUACCGGUUGGGGCACUGCUGCCGACAGUGUCUGUGGUGGUCGGCCUCGGUCCGUCUGGAACGAUGGCCGCAGGGACGGUCCACCGGCCGGUGCUGGUGCUGCUGCUGGGGCUGGUGCUGGUGAGCGGUGGUGCAGAGGCGCUGGGCCACGAAGCGUACGGGUCGCUCUACCAGAUGGGCAAGGAGGCCUACCUGGAGGAGGAUUACCGCUCGUGUGUGAACCUGCUGCUGCAGGCGCUGCAGGGCCGGCGCGAGUUCGAGCAGCUGCUGGUCGAGUGCCGUCACCGGUGUCGGCAGCAGGCCGCCGGUGAGCCGCUGCUGAUCACCGACGCGGCCGACGGAGAGCUGGCCACCUUCGAGCGGCUGAUUCGCGAGACGCGCUGUCUGGUGCAGUGCCACCGCGAGCGGCUCGGCCAGCACGUGCAGCAGUUCUACGACUCGGCCUGGGCUGACGACGAGUUCAGGGAGAGGAAGCCGUACGAGUACCUCCAGCUGUGCUACUACAAGACUGGUGAGAUACAGAAAGCGGCCAACGCGGCCUUCACGGUGCUGCUGCAGCAGCCCAACAAUGAGGUGAUGCGCGAAAACUUCAAAUAUUACACCACGAUGGAGGAGGUCAACAACGCCGACAUCGUCAGCCUGGAGCCGCAGGAGCACACUGAGCUGUACGUGCGCGGUAACGCCGCCUACGAGUCGGAGCGGUGGCCCCAGGUGAGCCGCCUGAUGGAGGAGGCGCUGGACGGCUUCCUGGAGGCCGAGCGGCGCUGUCGUACUCUCUGCGAGCGCUUCUUCCCGCAGGGGUUCAACCCGGACUUUGUGUCCAACGUGGCCAAUCAUUUUGCGUACGUGUUGCGCUGCAAGCUGCGCUGUCCCGAGCAGCUGUCGACGGUGGCGGGAAACUACCUCUCCGACUACCUGGAGUCGCACUUUCACUAUCUCCAGUUCGCCUACUUUAAACAAAACAUGCUUCGAGAGGCGUGCAGUAAUGUGGCCAACUACCUGUUGUUCAAGCCCAACGACCAGGACAUGCUGGGAAAUAAACAGCUCUACUUGAAAGAAGAGGACGUUGAUGAGAGUUUCUUCACCCCUAGAGCGGAUAUUCUGGAGAUUUCCCGACGAAUUGAAAAGGAAAGGAAGCUGGAUAACUACAUAUUGGAAUAUUUCCGCUUCAGCGACGAUGAUGCACGGAAGAAAGGGUAUGGCGGUCAUCGUGCCGUACAGCAUGAAGACGGCGGGAGGGACGUGGAUAUCCCACCAGAAGGAAGCGCUCGAACGGGAGCGGGUACUCUCACAGCCAGCUCCGGCUCAGCCGAGGUGUGGGUCGAGGGUUGGCGGGCGGCCGGGUUCAGAACCGCAGAGGAAAGUCGGGAGGAGCAGGGGGUUUCCGACGCUCUGCUGGAGCUGCACAGCAGGCUGACGGCGGGCAGCACUGCCCCGGACGUCCCGGGGCCGCGGCUGGACAGAGUCGUCCUCACCAGCGGGGAGGCGGAGCUCGGCGGCCCGCGGAGACUCGUGGCCGACCACCUGCUGACGGCCGGCGAGUGUCAGCGGCUGUCGGAUCUGCUAAAGACGGUCGGCGCUGUGGGUGACGGGUACCGCCGCAAGAACCCGCUCUCCAAGCAGGAGCAGCUGGUGGGCCUGUCGCUCGGGCGGCUCGUCGCGAGCGUAGACAGGGGCGCUGCGUCUCGUGAGGAUCUGCAGCUUCUGAUGGAAGUCUCCGACGCCGCCCGACUGUAUGUGUCACGACGGUGGGGUGUGGAACCCCUCUACUCGUCCUUCACACACCUCGUAUCGCGAACACCCGUCCCAGGGCUCAACUCGAGCCGGCCGCUGGAGUUCAGUCACCCCAUCCACGUGGACAACUGCCGCCUGUUCAACAACGGCACCUGCUGGCCGGGCGGCGGCGCCUUCAUCCACCGGCACUUCAGCGCCAUCCUCUACCUCAACAGCGACUUUGACGGCGGAGAGUUCGUAUUUGCCGACAUCGUCAGCCGAAAACCAACCGUGCGGGUACAGCCGCGCUGCGGCCGGCUAGUGGCCUUUUCGGCCGGCCCGGAGAACCCGCACGGCGUGCUGGCUGUGAGGCGUGGCACGCGCCGCGCGCUGGCCAUGUGGUUCACACGCACCGGCCGUCAGCGAGAGGAGGAGCGCUUACUGGCCGAUAUCUACCUGCGCGACAGCAGCGCGCUUGAAGUUCGUCGGAUGGUCUCUUUACUGGAGAGGAAUUUCGAGCGGGCCGACAAGCUGGUGUAGAGGUGAUCUACCCGCGGAAGGCAGCAGUAGCCGCACGAGGGCGCUCCGAGCAAGGAUAUCGUAAAGUAACCGAGACGCCGGCAGAAAGGCGACGAGGCGUCUUCACAUCCGGAGGGGCGUCAAGCGGGUGUGUUUCCGAGGCUGCUCAGCCCCGGCAGCCUACAUACGGCUUCAGUGAAGCUACUGGUGUACAGGGUGUCUCAAAAGUUCGCUUACACAUUUCCCAUGUCAAUAAAGCAUAUAAGAACCGGCCAAAAA